CGUAGCCCACCUGCGUUGGGCCAGAGUAGCAGCCGAGAGCCAGCUCCUUGCCCACACAACAUCAAAACAUUUGCCCAGUGUCUCCUCUACCUAGAACUAGUCGGUCCGCCGCUUCGCUUCGCACCUCGCUGUCUUCACCGGCGGCCAUCUUCACCCCCCGUCUCUCUCUCCUCUGCGCAUCAGAGGGCAGAAAAUGUCUACUGCUUUCCAAACGACGCCAAACCAGUCCAUAUCAGUAUCCGCUACCACGUCGCCGUCCAAUCGCCAAUAUUCGUCGUUCCACCCCGGCCCGACAACGCGAGAAGGCCCCGGCUCCGGCUAUUAUGCAAACCAGCACAACGCCGGACAAUCAUCGCCGCACACAUCAUCGCAACCACACUCCCGAAGACCUAGCGCCUACGACCAACCGACCGGCCUUGAGCCUCACAUGAGCGCCCGCACCGCCUUUGCCCAGUCCAUCCCGGCUCCCGUGACCUCCAUUGCUUCCGACCAACCACCGUCGUCUUCGGACAGAAGGCGAAAUAAUAUGCCUACCGCCGUACCUCCUCGAACAUCGUCUCGCCAUGACCCAAACACCAGCUCUCGACGCGCCCAACAGGCUGCCGACCGGGCCGCUGCAUCUCGACAAUCUAAUACGAAUGGCACCAUGGAUCCAGCCGUCGUAGACGAGGCUGCCGCUCGGAGCCGUCGACAACAUCAAAUGACACAGGAUGCGCAUCAAAGAACGACCAGUUCGCGAGGGAAUCCCACGCCGACAUCACUACCCGUCCGCUCUCAGCCCAAUGCCACCAGCUCGAGACAGCAGUCGUCCAGAGAAGCGAGCGAGAUCCUCAACAACAUACUAAUACAACAACCCGAAAUAGAUAUAGAGCGGGAGCGGGAGCGAUUGGCCCAAGCACAAGCACAAGCUCAUGCGCAAGCACAAGCGCAGGCACAAGCGCAGGCACAGGCACAGGCACAGCAGGCGAGUAACUACAACCACCACCACCGUCAAGAGACCGCGUCGCAGGCUAUGGCGGCUCCUGGAGGCGACCACGGAGAGGAAAGUCGGCGUGGUCAUAGAAGCCGACAUGAUCAUUCCAAGCGAGAAAAGCACACCAAAUUUGGCGAAUAUAUUCUCGGUAAUACGAUUGGAGAGGGUGAAUUCGGCAAGGUCAAACUUGGGUGGAAGCAGGAAGGCGGCGUCCAGGUCGCCAUCAAACUCAUCAAAAAGGACACAGUAGGCAACAACCCAUCUCGUAUGGCAAAGAUCAUGCGGGAGGUUGCGAUUCUGAAGCAACUGACCCAUCCAAACAUUGUUCGGUUACAUAAGAUGGAGGAGUCUGACAGGCAUUAUGGUAUUGUGCUCGAGUAUGCAUCGGGAGGCGAGCUGUUUGACUACAUCCUCAAUCACCGGUAUUUGAAGGACAAUGCCGCCCGGCGACUAUUUGCCCAGCUCGUGUCUGGCGUAGGGUAUCUGCAUAAGAAGGGUAUCGUGCAUCGUGAUCUGAAACUGGAGAAUUUGCUUCUAGAUCGAAACCGCAACAUCAUCAUCACAGAUUUUGGGUUUGCCAAUACCUUCGAUCCCAACCAGGAGCUUUCGGAGGAGGAAGAGCUCAACCUUUCGGAUCGCGAGUUUGUCAAGCGCAUGGGCCUCGAUAAGGUCAAUGACGCUGGCUGGCGAAAAGGAGAUCUUAUGCAGACUAGCUGUGGCAGUCCAUGCUACGCAGCUCCAGAAUUGGUAGUUAGUGACUCCCUCUACACCGGAAGGAAAGUAGACGUCUGGAGCUGCGGUGUCAUCCUGUACGCCAUGCUUGCUGGCUAUCUCCCUUUCGACGACGAUCCGGCGAAUCCCGAAGGCGAUAACAUCAACUUGUUAUACAAGUACAUCGUCAACACGCCUCUCACGUUUCCCGAAUAUGUCACGCCACAUGCUAGGGAUUUAUUGCGGAGGAUAUUGGUACCUAAUCCGCGAAAGCGAGCGGAUCUCUUUGAGGUAGCCCGUCACAGCUGGUUGAGCGAAUAUUCGCAUGUUGUCGAGUUCAUCACGUCCUCCACUACCACACCUAGCGAGAUCCAAAACACGACAGUACCUGCCGAGGACGAGGGAGAGUCUCCUCACCUUGCUCGUAGCGCUUCGGUACGCGAGGCGCCGAAGAAGUCAACCGCCUCGCCGGCCAUCGGUGGCUUGGUUAGCAAGCAAGGCACCGUGGACCCCGAGGCAGAGGCUGCUUACGCUAAACAGCAGCGCGAUAACAAGCGUCGGACAGUACAGGUCGAAUAUGUUGCUCCGAAUACCACAACUCAAAGAGGUGAUAUUGCGGGACAACAGCAGCCCUCCAGUAACGCCAACAGAAACCGUAAUGAGAGUCAGGCACCAGUGGAAUCCUCAGACAGUCGCCCAACGACAUCGGCCAAGGAUAAGCAGCUCUCCCAGGGCCCCUCCGCCCCCAAAGACGCCUACAACAACAAACCCCCGGUUUCCUCGAGAAGACCGCCAAGUUCUCAGCGGAAUGGUGGGAAUGCUCCCACUACGGGUAACGCAGUGGCUCCUCCUAGGCCGAGCCGUGACGGCCGUCCCACCGCCGACAACCAGUAUCUGUCAGGGGCAGCAGGUGCACCAACCCAAAGGCCUACUACUGGCGGGUCCAUGCAGUCAGGAAGACCUUCAAUCCAGCAACCUUCCAAAGGAUCCGGCAGCAGUCACUUUGGCGUACCUACAACCACCCCCGCCGAGCAGCAACCGAGCGAAAGCGCCGAUUAUGGCAGGCCCAGCAUCAGCACGGGCUCUAGGUUUGACAAGGUACGGGAAGAUGGUGUUGUCAAGGGCCACAAAAGGUCCAGCACUAUGGGCGAAAUUGGCGGCAAGCUCUUUGGCCGGAGCGGCUCGUUGUUUGGAGGUAGGAAAUCCAAGCGACAGCAGGAGCUUCAGCAGGCUGGAGAGAAGACCAAGAGGUAUCCCCCUGUUAGCAUGAACAACUCAAUGCCAGGCGGUGAGAAUGGCUCUCGGCCGUCCUUGGAUUCUAAGCGAUCUCGCCGGUCCUUCUCGAUGGGAAUGGGGAAGAAGUCUUCUGGAGGCAGUAUCACUGGUUCCAAUGGCUCUCAGGAGAAGUCUAAUAAGCGGUUCUCUUUCAUCCCCCCUUCGCUAUCCAGGGCCUUCGGCUACAACAAAGAGGAUGAACCUCCAGCUCUCGAUUCACAACAGGACCUGCCCAUUCAGGAGCCCUCAUCCGUUGACCAAUUUCUGGGCCGGGAACAAAAUGUGAGCGCGACCACUGUUGACGGGAUGUACACUCAGCUUCAGGACUCGCAACAGGGCUCACCAGCGGUCAACACUCAAUACCAAUACGGACGACCAUCCGCCAGCCAAGGCUUCAUGCCCGGGACCAUGCCUAACGCUGGAUCCGACCCGUCUGUCAACAGCAUGCCCCAGGCACCUGGGUCGACUCCUCAACUGCAGACCAUGACACAGCAGGACGGAUUAUACGAUGCCCGCAAGGGUAACAGCCGGGCGAAUCGAGGUGUUCUGCAAAAGAACAAACGUUUUGUGGACUAUGAAGGAGAUGGCUUUGCGCGACCUCACGAUCACUCCGGCAGCAGCGGUCCUGCAAGAAAGGUUAUGGACUUCUUCAGGAGACGCGGCAAGGCUCGGGGUGGUGAAAAUAACUGAAGUGAUGGCGAAACGGAUAUACCAUCGAUAUAUGAGCUUUUCGCUCGCAGCCGAUCAAUGAAAUAGGGCUGGACAUUCGCUUCGUUUUUAUUUUCGGCGGCCCUGUGGUGGCUUGCGCGGGACCUGACGGUCGGCUAUCUCGACGGCUGGGUUUUGGUCACGCAGCUUACUUGCGAACGGGAGUUCGUCAAUAUGCCUUUGUAAUCAUUCGAGAUCGAGCAACGAACAGAUCUUAAAGCCAUUUCCCUGAUCUCAAUUGGCGGCUGAGCGAUAGGUCUAUAUCGAAUCAUCUCACUGUUGUAUCAGAAAUCAGUGGCAACCUCGGAUGCGGAUAUACCCAUAGCUACGAAUGUUGCUUAUAUCUACUCAUUGCGACGGCUAAAGAAGGGAGACCGAGAGUGUGUGUGGCGGGGAGAAAGACGGAUAUUCCCUCCAUGGGCAGGUUGCCAUAACGGGGGCUAGGACGGGGCUGCGAAACAUGAAGACAUCUUUUGUGCCACUUUUGUAAUAAGUUGUUUUUUGUUAUUAUUUUUUUCUUCUGCAUUUUUCUGUCUGUCUUCGUAUCUCUCUACUCCUUGUUGGCAAAGGGAGUUACAAUCGAAUGUGGGAUGCCCUCUACUAUUGUUUAGCUGGAGUUGUUUUGGUGUUACAGGUUUCAGAGACUUUCUUUUUUCCAGCUUAUAGGGCAAGCGGGGGAUAUGUAUGGUAGUGAGUGGUUUUGUCAUUGAUUAUCUAUCACCUAGUUUGGCAUGCAUGAAGGGGCGUACGAUAUCCUUUCCUCUGCGAACAGUAUCAACCUCUAUGUACCUGUUGAGAUGUCACGGAUCGUAUGGUUAUGAUUUCUUUGAGCGAAGCCUGUUUACACUUUUGCCGUAUUUAACUUGUCAUCUUCACAUCCUCAUGAGCACGCGGAGUAGAAGAUAGGGUUGAUGUCGAGGAACUGGUAUCUGAUAAUUCACGAGGAGGUGAUGUCGAUAGGAGUGGGCAUUAUCCUAUGUUGCUCGUUGCGGGCGAAGUUGAGCGAUGGCAUGCUGCCGACGGCGGGGACCGAUGUGCACAAGGUGGCGAUUGAGUGGUACGACCAUUAUUGGUAAACACUAGACUGUGGCGAUGAAGUCGUGGAAGUGAGGCUCUUGGGGUUGAAUGAUGUACCUCUACUGCAAAGUGGAAAGGAGUUUGUACAUAGCCAACCUGCAACGCA